CUGUUCUCAUGUCCUGAUAUCAAACUUCGGCUUUAUUAUUUUAUUUUUGUCUCUAUUUUACACUUUACUUUAACUGUUUCUACAUUUUUUGGUCCGGAUACGUCCACGCUCAGCUCCUGACGGUCUUGAUGGAUUUUAAAGUGAAGGAUGUGGGGGUGCAGUGGGAGCCGCCAGACCCAGACUGGUACCAGGACUUGGGCCAGGUCUUGGGAUUGGGUCCAGGUGAAGCGAUGUCAUCCUUCAGAGGUCAGAGGGGUCAUAAAGAGGUCGGAGUUCAAUGUGACAGAACUGAGACCACAGAGUUUGGAGUCCAAGUGGAUCUGAUUACACAGGCCCUCUCAGGUCCUUCGUUGAUGCUUCAGUGUGUGAGUGUGAGAGCAGAGGGACCAGGUGAGGGCACCCUCCUGCAGCACUAUCAGAAACCUAGACCCAGAGGCAGACCCAGACUCAACCGGGACCAAACCGGGUCUAGACCAGAGCCUCAGGACCAGACCAGAACUAGACCAGAGACUGGAGAUCAAACCAGGACUAGACCAGAGGCAGAAGACCAGAACCAGGGAGAUCAAAACCGGACUAUAUCAGACACCGAGGACCAGACCAGGGCUAAAACCAGGACUAGGACCCGGGAGAUCCGGCCUUCACGGAGGUACCAGGAUUACGAGACCCCAGAAAGUCCAGAACGGAAAAGAAGGAGAGGAGCAGAAGACGGGAGGGACACAGCUGUAUCCAAAUCUAUUGACGAGGACGAGAGCGUAUUAAAAUUUGCAGAGGAGGAGAGCAGAACCAGAGAUGAUCCAAACUGGACUCUACGAAACAGAGCGGCCCCUCAGAACUUUGUCUCCCAUGAUGCUGCAGUGCAUGUGAAGGAGGAGGCGGGGCUUGUGUCUGCUGGGGGCGUGGUCUGUGAUGUCUGUGGUAAAGUCCUAAAGACCAAGUCCAGUCUGUCUCGACAUGCUCUGGUCCAUAGUGGAAAGCAACCACACAGCUGCAGGUUCUGCCCUCUGCGCUUCAACAGGAAAGACAACCUGCGGCAUCACUUGCGAAUCAUGCACCCGAACGGCCCCGCCCCCCGAGUGAAGCUCCGGCCCCCUCCGAUCACAUGGCUCUGUCACACCUGUGGGAAAACCUUCACCCAUCGCUCCAGACUCAAGACGCACGAACAGAUCCACACUGGAAUCAAACCCUGCCAGUGCCCACUGUGUCCCAAGGCCUACAUGAGGUGAGACGACUUGGAGCACCACCUGAAGAAGCUCCACCCACACGGGUCCUCCUCUCCCCCGCCUCCCUCUCAGCUCCUCUGUCACAUGUG